GUGUAGACGUAUAUGAACGUGUGCGUUGCGUUAACUUGGAGAGGGUGUUUUUGUUAAGGUGUCGUCUGAUUAAGAGCCUGAUUAAGCUGUUGUGGGGGAAGGUUUUCGGUUCGGGUCUAGGAAGGUGUGUUCUGGUUUAGUACACUUUUCGCAAGAAUAGCCAUAAAAACGGUGGAUUUAUAUCGCGAAAGAUACACAAAACCAUUCAGGAAAAGGCAAGGAACAAAGAACCGUUCAAGCUCCGAAAGCUGUAGAGAGGCAAACACCAAGAAACGGGAAUUGCGUGUUUUGAUGCAAUCCACUGAACCGUAAACUUGGCAAACCCAGUCCGGCCUGGCCCGGUGAAGCUCUUUCGCUGGCUGGUGAAGAGUGUAGUGAGUCACACGUCGUCACUGUCUGGGACGUCGUCGUCGUCGGUCGUGAAACGCGAAAGUGCCAAGUGAAGUGUGUUGGAGGCGUCAAAAUCGAUAAUUUUCUCGCACAGCUCGCAAAGAAGUGUCUGGUACUCUCUUGGUGCGGUCGAAGAAGUUGAAGUUGGAGCAGCGAUGGCCACCGGGAUGAACGACUACAACUCGCGGAAGCGGUUCGCCUUCGACGUGGACAUGGAGAUCGAGACGGAACCGACCAGCAGGAUUAAGGCCGGUCAGGGCAAUGAAUCGCCCGGAAUCCACGUUGCCAGUGGUGGCGGGGGUGGAGUUGGGGCCGGUGUGGUCGCCCUCAGUCACUCCCAGGAGAAUCUGGUGGCUGGUGGAGGACUUCCGAACGAGAUCUCCGCCCCGUACGAGGUGCCACAGUUUCCGAUCGAGCAGAUCGAGAACAAGCUGCAGUUGCAGCGCCAGCUGAACGCCAAGGUCAUGGAGCAGGACCGCCACUCGGUCGCGGCGGAGAUCCACCCGGACGAGUCGCACGUCCCCUUCGAGGAGCACGACUUUGUGGCGCACUUCCAGCGGGUGUCGAUAUCCGGCGAGGACACCAGCGGCGUCCCGCUGGACGACCUGGACUGGGCCUCGACGCUGCUGGUGAAGGCGCUCGAGUUGCGCGAAAAGUACAUGCGAAACUCGCACCAGAACUUCCCGCAGACGACGGCGCGCUUCCUCAAGUCGACGCACCCGGAAAAGUACGCCCACCAGGAGAAGAAGUCGAUCGCAGACCAUCCAGUGAAUCCACCGCAUAGCACCGAAUCUCCGUGGCUGAUCGAAUUCCCCGAGGACUGCAACUACUCGGUGCGCUCGGUCAAGGGCGUGUUCGAGGUGUAUCGCGAUGGGGCCGCCACGGAACCGCUGCCGUUCACGUACACCAAGCUGCCGGACUUUGUGCAGGACAUGCAUAUGAUGUGCUCGAUGAUCGCCGAUGGGCCGCUGAAGUCGUUCUGUUACCGCCGGUUGAGCUAUCUGUACUCCAAGUUCCAGCUGCACGUGCUGUUGAACGAGCUGCGCGAGUUGGCCUCGCAGAAGGCCGUUCCCCAUCGGGACUUUUACAACAUCCGCAAGGUGGACACGCACAUCCACGCGGCCAGCUGCAUGAAUCAGAAGCACCUGUUGCGCUUCAUCAAGAAGACGUUGAAGAACAGCGCGGACGAGGUGGUGACGGUGACGAAGGGCGCUGAGAUGACGCUGUCGCAGGUCUUUCAGUCGAUGAAUCUAACCACUUAUGAUCUGACGGUGGACAUGCUGGACGUGCACGCGGACCGGAAUACGUUCCACCGGUUCGACAAGUUUAACGCCAAGUACAAUCCGAUCGGCGAGUCGCGACUUCGGGAGGUGUUUUUGAAGACGGACAACUAUCUGAACGGGAAGUACUUUGCGAACAUUAUCAAGGAAGUUGCUAGUGAUUUCGAGGAGAGCAAGUACCAGAACGCCGAGCUGCGUCUGUCGAUUUACGGCAAGUCGCCGGACGAGUGGUUCAAGCUGGCCAAGUGGGCCAUCGACGGGAACGUGGCUUCGAACAACAUCCGCUGGUUGAUCCAAAUCCCUAGACUUUAUGACAUUUUCAAGACGAACAAGCUGAUGAGCUCGUUCCAGCAGAUCCUGGACAACGUGUUCAAGCCCCUGUUCGAGGCCACCAACAACCCGAACCAGCAUCCGGAGCUGCACAAGUUCCUGCAGUACGUAAUCGGGUUCGAUUCGGUGGACGACGAGUCCAAACCGGAGAACCCCCUGUUCGACGGGGACGUCGUCACGCCGGAUCAGUGGACCGAGGAUGAGAAUCCACCGUACGCGUACUACAUCUAUUACAUGUACGCCAACAUGACGGUGCUGAACCACUUCCGGGCGGAGCGCGGAAUGAACACGUUUGUCCUGAGGCCGCAUUGUGGGGAGGCGGGACCGGUGCAGCAUCUGGUGUGCGGAUACUUGAUGGCGGAGAAUAUUUCCCAUGGGCUGUUGCUGCGGAAGGUGCCGGUGCUGCAGUAUUUGUACUAUCUUGCGCAGAUUGGUAUCGCCAUGUCUCCGCUGUCCAACAAUUCGCUCUUCCUGAACUACGACCGCAACCCAUUCCCGGAGUAUCUGGCCAGGGGACUGGUGGUGUCCCUUUCCACGGAUGACCCCCUUCAAUUCCACUACACCAAGGAACCCCUGAUGGAGGAGUACAGCAUCGCGGCCCAGGUCUGGAAGCUCAGCUCCUGUGACAUGUGCGAGCUGGCCCGGAACAGCGUGCUGAUGAGCGGCUUCCCGCACAAAAUGAAGCAGCACUGGCUGGGACCGAACUACACGCGCGAGGGCGUCGCCGGAAACGACAUCACGCGGACGAACGUGCCGGACAUCCGGGUGGCGUUCCGGUACGAGUCGCUGGUGGACGAGCUGUCCAACAUCUUCAAGGUGCACAGCGAGAAGACGUUGGCAGCGGCCGGAGUGGGGAGUCCGUAGAUUUUUUGUUGAGGCGCACGGAAACUGAGAAUCUUUCAAACACACAAACCCACUUAUUAUAUGUUGCAUGUUGGUUUUCGAAGAAAGUGAUUCCAAAAUUGGUGGAAAUCAGAAAACAGGCUGUUCUAUUAGACAAGUUCAAAAGUGAAGGCAUUGAUGUUGAUUUUUGUUUUUUUUAUGUACCAACUAUUUAUUGUAGAAGAUUUGAAAACACCUUCAUCAAAAUGAAAACCAUGUCUAAAACCAUUGUGUACCACUUGGACCAUUAAAUGUUUACUAUAUAUCUAAUAGGAGCAUCUAUAAAUCUACAACAACGUGUUUGUAGCUGGUUUCAGGCGCAGUAGUGUGAAAGUGGCAAAGUGAGCAACAUAAAACAUUCUCUGUACUACACGAUUGGGUGUAACAAAUAAAAAUAUAGAUAUUUCAA